AUGGCUGCUGCACCUGUGGGAAUCGCCGGUGCAGCUGCCACCGCCGGUUCGGUCGAGACGGACCCUUUGUCGGGCGGUUCGAAGGAAGGUGGUCGAUCGUUACCCGGAGGCGGAGGACCCACGACUCGGGGCGGUAACAACCGCCGACGCUUAAUAUGGCUCGCGGCCGCCGUGGGUUUCCUCGUCGUCGCAGCGGCUGUUGCCCUCCCCGUGGGGCUCAUCGUCGGCCGUCGGGAUAAUAAUAAGAACAAGUCGGAUUCCGGCUCUGGGUCCGAUUUGAACCCUGGAGGCACUGACAACCCGCCGAACGUGGCGGUCAUUAGUGGCGGAGAUGGGUCGACGGUGACGACUGAGGAUGGUUCGACGUUCACGUAUGUUAAUAAAUUCGGGGGCUUCUGGGUGGACGAUCCAAAGGACCCGUUCAACAAUAAUGCACAACCGAAUUCGUGGACGCCGCCACUCAAUACCUCUUGGCGAUGGGGCAUCGACAGAGUCUACGGCGUCAACCUCGGCGGUCUCUUCGUCCUCGAACCAUUCAUUGUACCUUCACUCUUUCAAAAAUACCAAAAUGGUCCCACAGCCGUCGUAGAUGAAUGGACACUUUCUCAAGCAAUGGCUGCAGACACCUCUCCAGGUGGCGGUCUCAGCCAAAUAGAAGACCAUUACAACACGUUCAUUACUGAAGAAGAUAUCGCUCAAAUCGCGGGUGCCGGAUUAAAUUGGAUUCGCCUACCUAUCCCCUUCUGGGCUGUUGAUAAAUGGGACACCCCGAAUGACCAGGAGCCGUUCCUUGCACGUACUUGCUGGAAGUAUAUCUUGCGUGUUUUUCGAUGGUGUCGUAAGUAUGGCUUGCGUAUCAACUUGGACUUGCAUACUGCACCAGGAUCGCAAAAUGGUUACAACCACUCUGGAAAAAAUGGCCAGAUCGACUUCCUGGCCGGAGUUAUGGGCUACGCCAACGCUCAACGAAUGCUCGGCUACAUCCGCAUCAUCACCGAGUUCAUCUCACAACCCGAAUACGAGGACCUCAUCCCCAUGUUCGGUAUCAUCAACGAGCCUCGAACUCAACUUAUUGGGGACGACGUAAUGUCUCAUUUCUACCUCCAAGCAUACGACAUAAUGCGUGGAAUUACGGGUAUCGGUGAAGGCAAAGGACCCUUCAUGAGUAUUCAUGAUGGGUUUGAGGGUCCUGCGAAGUGGGCUGGGUUCUUGCCUGGUUCAGAUCGUAUUGCUAUGGAUUGGCAUCCGUAUUUCGCGUUCAACGGCCAGCCGAACUUGGAUCCUAUCGGAGUGUGGCCUGCACGCGCAUGUAGCUGGGGAGAUACGCUGAAUACCAGCCAAACUGCAUUCGGGGUCACCAUGGCCGGUGAAAUGAGUAACGCGAUCAACGAUUGCGGGCUCUACGUUAACGGCGUACCCGGUACGGGACACAGUUACGGUGGUGAUUGUAGUUUCUGGGAGGAUUCGAGUCAGUGGAACCAGACGAUUAAGGAUGGGUUGCAUGAGUUUGCUCUUGCGAGUUUUGAUGCGUUGCAGGAUUGGUUUUUUUGGACUUGGAAGAUUGGAAACUCCUCGCUAACAAACACAGUCCAAUCCCCUCUCUGGUCCUACAAAGCCGGUCUCGAAGGCGGCUGGAUGCCAACAGACCCUCGCUCCGCCGUAGGCGUAUGCGCCUCACUCGGCGUAACAGGUGCUCAAUUCCCCGGGACGUACUCCGCCUGGCAAACAGGUGGUUCCGGUGCAGGUACUAUUGAUCCCGUUGCGAGUUCACAGUUUGCUGCUUGGCCUCCGCCGACGAUGAGUGGAGUGGAUGCGGUGAAUAUGCCGUUUGUUCCUACGUAUACUGCUACGGGAACUGUGAGUACGUUACCGCCGGAUACGUUUACUGAUGCGCCGAAGACUGUGAGUGUUGGGGAUGGGUGGGCGAAUAGUGGGGAUACGAGUGGGGGUGUUACGGAGGUUGGGGGGUGUACUUACCCGAACCCGUGGGACUCGGCUCAGCAGACUAUGCCUACGACGACGUGUACUGGUGCAGCGGGCGGUGCGAGGUUGGCACGGCGUACGCCACCUCCGACUCUAUGA